UGGGGUGUUAAUAUCUCAGAGUAAAGUUAUUUUAACCCAGAAAGAGUAUUUUCAACAUUUUGGGGAGUAAAGCUGCUCAAUCGGUGGAGUUAAAAGUGAGUGUAAAAAUCUGCAGAAACGCAGUGACAAUUUCAACUCUAUAGCAGUGAUGAAUACCCGCCACUCUUCUGUGCUUGUUAUUCGGUUGGCACGCAUUUCGGUGGAGGAAGAUUGAGAAGGAGCAACUCUAUUGCUAGGUGAGUAUCCUGUGCUGUCCACACCAAAACGCUUUUUUAUUUUAUUUUUUAUUUACAUAAUUUUAAAAGUGUGUUGAUAUUAGUUGAGGUCAUAUUAACGUUACAAGUUAUAGCAAUCCGUAUCGGUAACGUAACUGUGUUUCUUUAUGUGUUGCAAUAUGUUCACGAAUGAAGUUUGUCAGAAUGAUUUAUGCUUAAAAUAACGUUAACUCGGUCAAUAUAACAACAAAAGAUUUAAUACAGUUAAUAGCUAUUCUUAACUAACGUAUUUUUUAGCUUCCCAGGCAACGCAUGUAGGUUUAUAUAUAACGUUACUGGUAAUGUUAGCAUGCCUCUGAUAGUUAACGUUAGUCUCAUUAAACGAUAACUUAGAUCACUGAUUGCGUGACGUGUUUGUUUAACAUGGCUUAACAAUUUUAAACUGGUUACGGUUUGAACUAAAAUAGCUAAUGAGCUAGCUAACUUUGGCCUUUGGCACAGUUAUUUGGUAGCUAAUGGGACACUAGCCUAAUUUGCUGCAGAAAAUAUAUAUUACGUUAUAUUUAACCAGCACAACUUUGUCUUCUUCAGUCGCCAUUUAUAACUGCAGUGUAACAUCUAAGUAAUGCAUAGUGCAUGAGAGAAAUGAAUAGGUAACUCUUAGUUGAACCAGCCCUAAAUUAUGAUUUUGAAUACAUAUUUUCUUUGUUAACAGGGACAAAAUGCUGUUGCGUGUUCAAUUUGGGGAAGAGCAGAAAUACGUGAAGGUGUCUGAGCUGACAUUCGAUGCUUUCUUGAAAGAAGGUGCCUCUCAAUCAUCAUCAGGCUCGGGUACAUCUGAUGACACCGUCAUCCUGAAUUUCACAAUGUGUGACCCUGUUGAAGAAGAAGCCGCUGCCGAAGGAAGCCAGCCUAAAAGGCCAUGCCACAUAAACUAUGAGGCGAAAGCGUUGAUUGAAAAAAUCUUAACAUCAAAGCCUGGUGGUGAACACAUUAUGCAUGAGUAUGAUAAAACCAAAUCCCUGACCGAUGCCACCAGAAGGCAGAUGAUAAACAUACUUGCUGCUGAGAUGACAGAAACACAUGGAACAUCCCCCCCCAAAAGUGUCAGAGUGAUGUAUGCACAGGGGAUAGUAGCUUUGUUCCCCUAUCUAGAAGACCCAUACUCACAACAUGGAUAUGAACAUUACUAUGAUCCAGAGAGUGGUUCAGGAUACCUUGCAUGGAGAUUGAAGACAAUACAAAGAAAAACAGCAGAGGAAAGGGGUGCCUCAGUCAGCAAAUCUCCUAAAGUUGGAGGGCCAGGUCGUGUUCGUCAGCCCUUCACCUUUGACAGAGAGCCAUCUGAUGAGGAUGUGGAAGCAGCUAUUGCCGUUUUGAGACACUCUGCUGAUGAAAAGACUGUCCGUGAGAAGAUGAAAAUGACCUUCAUAUAUCGGCAAGCAAUGGUCAACGAUGAAGCCAAAUCAUCAGAUGUCUUCUUGGUCUUCCCACGAUUUCUGGACACACCAGGACUGAUAGAACAAGAUUUCAGAUUUCUGUUUGGUGAGGCCACGGCCAACAAAUUCUUGGAGAAGUGGCCAACCACUUUUAAAGCAAAAGUAAUAAAGGAAUGCCAUGGACUUGUACCCACCACAGAACUCUUGGAUUUGAUGCGCAAUGCUGAGUCAGCUGCUGAAGUUGAGAAUGGCUGGGACAGUGACAUGUCGGCCAUCUUGCUGCUGCUACAUCUGCUGCCACCAUCUGCACAAGGUAGAAAGAGACCGGGAAAGCUUUCUGCAUAUCAAGCUGUAGAUCAGCUCAUCAGAUUUCAAAAGGUUGGAACCAGUGUGCAGCAGCAUCUAGACAACAUCACCCAAAGCAGUCAGCCCUACCUUCUCGCCCAGGGAUCCACACAGAGCACCAUUCACUCCUACUUCAUUGUGGUUGACAAGCAUGCACUUCCAUGCAAGGCAACAGGUUCAGUUGGAGCUUUUGACGAACUCUUUAAAGCCCAUUACGUCUUUGGUACGUCAUACAGUUCUUCCCUAAGCAGCUUUUUCACAUUUGUGCAAACAACCAUCUAUAACAUCGACAUGGGGGAAACAAAGGAGACCCCUAGAGUUGCAGAAUUGCGGGCAAGGAUGGUGCGUUAGUUGAGAUAGAGCUAUGAAGUGUUUUCUUUGCAAAAGUGAACAUGGAAGUCCAAACAACCUUGUUAAGCACUUUAAGGUAAUUCAUGGGCUAUGUACGGGCAGGACUCUUUUUUUGAAGUGUGGACAAGAAGGAUGCUCACGUUCUUUUGGUAGUUUUUCUGGUUUAAGAAAGCAUCUUAAUAAGUGCCAUGGAAGCAGUUUAGUUGAUUCUGUAGAAUAUGAUCUUUCAUAUCCUCAAUGUACCGUCAAUACAAGUAAUGUGUCUCAUGUUGAACAGUCGACUGAAUAUUUAGAGGCUGAGUCACAGUUAUCUUCCCCAUACAUUGUAAAUAGUUGUUCAGCUGUAAUUUCUGAUCUAAAGGCGGCAGGUGUUGGUCAAAGUACACUGAAUUCUGUAGUGAUUUCCAUGGAAGAGAUUGUUCAAGAUAUCCAUCAGCAUGCUAAAGAGACAGUGAUAAAGCAUGUAUUUAGUAAUGAAAGAGAAACGGAAAUGUGCAAGAAAGUUGAGGCGUGUUUUGAGGGGUUAGAGAAUCCUUUCACAAUUCUAAAUUCGGAAUACAAGCGAUCAAAAUUUAUGACUGACAAGUGGGAAAUAGUAGAACCACUUGAAUGUGUGAUUGGUUCGAGAUUUGACACAAGACGAAAUAAAAAGACUGGUACAUAUGAUCAGGUAGUAGUUCAAGAUAAAUUCAUGUAUAUUCCAAUUUUAUCUACACUGCAGUCAAUAUUUAAAAGUCAGUAUGUUGCAGAAAUGUUGCAAAGCUCAGCUACCAGCGACUCUAGACUGAGAGAUAUUUGUGAUGGAUCUUUUUUUAAAAGUCACCCCCUGUUCUCAACUGAGAAGCAGACAAUACAGAUCCAGAUGUUCUAUGAUGACUUUGAGGUCGCCAACCCUCUGGGUCCUAAGCGAGGUAUUCAUAAAUUGGGUGGAGUAUAUUUUACUUUAAGAAACUUCUCUCCAAAAUGGAAUUCUUUCUUGGCUAACAUACACCUGUGCGCCUUAUUUCAUACUCAAGAUGUUAAACGGUAUGGUUUUAAUGAAAUUUUUGCUCCCAUUGUUCGAGACAUUAAACUGUUAGAGAGUGAUGGUAUUGAGAUUCCAUUAUUCAAUGGUUUUGUUCGUGGCACUGUAGUACAGGUUACAGGUGAUAAUUUGGGUUUGCAUAGUUUGUUUGGUCUGGUGGAGUCUUUCAGUGCAAGGUACUGUUGCAGGUUCUGUUUAGCAGAAAAGGAGGACUUUCAGACAGAAUUCUCUGAAGAUUCUUCCAAAGUAGUUUUGCGCACCAAAGAUAUACACACUGCUCACUGUCAAGAAAUGGCUUGUAAUCCAUCCCUUCCAUACGUUUUUGGCGUGAAAAGGGCAUGCAUAUUAAAUUCAUUGGAGUAUUUUCACACGACAGAGAAUUUCUCAGUUGAUGUGAUGCAUGAUGUGUUAGAAGGGGUGGGCCAGUACGAAUUGAAGUUAUUAUUUCUGUAUUUGAAGGAAAAACAUGUUACAUCAGCAGAAAUAAAUUCAAGAAUACAAAGUUUUGAUUAUGGUUUCAUGGAGAGAAACAACAGGCCUGUAGCUGUUAAUUUAGGUGAAGGAUCUAAUGAUUUGGGACUGAAUGCAGUUCAGUCCUGGUGCUUACUUCGAAAUGUUCCUCUUAUCUUUGGAGAUUUAGUAACUUCUAUUGACCAACACUGGGGCCUGCUUCUUUUACUGCUUCAAAUAAUAAACAUUAUAUUUUCGCCCAUGUUAUCUCAAGGUUUGUGUGUAUAUUUAAAACAUUUAAUUGUGGAUCACCACACACUGUUUAAGAAGUUGUAUCCUCAGAAAAACCUUUUACCAAAGCACCAUUUUCUUAUCCACUAUCCCCGCUGCAUCCAGAAAAUUGGGCCUGUCCUGCAUAGUUGGUGUAUGAGGUAUGAGGGCAAGCAUAAUUUUUUCAAAAAACAGCUUAAAUCAUUUAAAAAUAUUACUAAAACACUGGCAAAAAAGCAUCAGAAUCAUAUGGCAUAUAGUUGGCAAAGUUCAACAACUUUUAGUCGAUUAGACAUUGGUCCAGGAAAAAUGGUGUCUUUAAAUAUGGUAAAAGGAGGUUCUGAAAUUGCUAUGGCAAUGCAAGUGCCCAGUAGCAUUCAGGUUAUGAAGGUUAAUUGGGCUAAACAUAAUGGGUUUGUUUAUCGCCCAAACUUGGUUAUCUGUGGCAAAGUUGAAUCUGAAGUGCCCGUGUUUUAUCAGAUUGAGUCAGUUCUGAUAAUGUGUGAAAAACUGUUGCUACUCACAGUGCCUUUAGGUACAAUUACUUUUCAAGAACAUUUCCAUGCAUAUGAGGUGAUCAGAACAAAGCAGGAUUUUGUUUUUUUUCAUGUUGACAACCUGCAUUACCCUAGGCCUUUUGACAUACAAAUGUCAUAUGGAGGGAAUGACACAACUCUCCUUGUCGUGCCAUAUUGCUUUCUCUGGUAACAUUUUUUAUGAUUUUAUACAUGUUUUUGUCAGAGACGAGGCAAUGGGUUUGCAAUGUAAUUUCAAUGACACUGAAAUGCUUUAUUUUUUCACAAUAAAUUGUGAGUUCUGUGAUCUAC